AUGUAUCUCGCUGCUGCUUCAGUCGCCUUGACUUUCGCGGCUGUCAAGCAAAGUGCAUUGGUUCACGCGCAGAGCACAAGUGUACAAACAACGUGUCAACAGAUUGCGUCUUCAAUUUCACCUGCGUCCUAUGUGUACUAUCCUGCGGAUCCCCAGUAUCAGCAGGACAUAGCCCACUAUGCAAAAUCUAGCACGGAAGAAUCAAUCUGUUCUGUGGAACCAGGCACGACCGGAGACGUUGGCAUCAUUCUCCAGAUUCUGGGGGCAACUCAGACUCCAUUCGCGGUCAAGGGCGGUGGUCAUGUCAUGAAUCCCGGAUAUUCGUCCACGUCGGGUGUCACAAUUGCGAUGACGCGAUUCAACGUGGUGGACUACGACUCAGGCACAGAGACGGUUGCCUUCGGCUCAGGGUUGAUCUGGGAUGACGUCUACAAGGCGCUUGAUCUGUACGAUGUGAACGUCGUUGGUGGGAGGGUAUCGGGUAUUGGGGUGUCUGGAUAUACUCUGGGCGGCGGCUACUCUUGGCUGACAAACCAACACGGCCUGACACUCGACACAGUGCAAGCCUUCGAAUUGGUUUUGCCAAAUGGCACUGUCAUCAACGUCACUGAUUUCGACAAUCCCGACUUGUUCUACGGACUGAAGGGCGGCCUCAACAAUUACGGCGUUGUCACGAAGUUCACCCUCAGGACAUUCCCGCAGGGUGAAGUAUGGGCCGGACAAGUAACGUACUCCGGAGCUCAGGUUCAAGCCAUUACAGAUGCGACAUACAACUUUGCGAACUAUGUUACCGAUCCGAAAGCAGCGAUAAUCACGACUUACGACUACAUCAGCGGAUCGCUCGUCUCAUCCGUGAUCAUGUUUUACGACGCACCAACGCCUCCCGCGGGCAUAUUCGAUGAAUUUAUGUCGAUUUCUUCGUUGGAAUCCACUGUUACGACACAGUCAUUCGUGUCCUUCAUUUUGAGUCAGGCGUCAGACGCGACAACAAAUUUCCGCGGAUUUUACCAUACGGUACCCGUCGAACAAAUUACCCUGGGGAUCCUGGAGGAGGCCAUUGCCUUGACAGAGUACUGGUACAACGAGCUACUUGGCGAAUCUGCUGGUAUCAUCAGCAUUGAUAUUGAACCAUUCCUACCGACCAUCCUCGAUCAUGGUGGUCCGUCGGCCUACCCGCAUACGCGCGCUCAGCGUUUCCUGCCACUGAACCUCUACUUCGGCUGGGAGCUUUCGCAAUAUGACACUGACUUCUACAAUGCGAUUGUCGCAAGUGCAGCCGUCCUUACUGCGGUGGCCUUGGUUGAGGGCCAGACAUCCGUACAGGACGCACCACACUAUCCGAACUAUGCGGUGUACGGAACUCCGUUGAACUUGGUAUAUGGAGCUGCCUUACCCGAGCUUAUUACCCUGAAAGAAUUGCACGAUCCGACCAACAUUAUGGGCAUUGAUAUUGAACCAUUCCUACCGACCAUCCUCGAUCAUGGUGGUCCGUCGGCCUACCCGCAUACGCGCGCUCAGCGUUUCCUGCCACUGAACCUCUACUUCGGCUGGGAGCUUUCGCAAUAUGACACUGACUUCUACAAUGCGAUUGUCGCAAGUGCAGCCGUCCUUACUGCGGUGGCCUUGGUUGAGGGCCAGACAUCCGUACAGGACGCACCACACUAUCCGAACUAUGCGGUGUACGGAACUCCGUUGAACUUGGUAUAUGGAGCUGCCUUACCCGAGCUUAUUACCCUGAAAGAAUUGCACGAUCCGACCAACAUUAUGGGGUUGGCAGGGGGAUGGAAGAUACCAAUGUAA